CAGAACGCGAUUCACGUGCCACGCGCUUGAUCACGCUCUGUCUUCCUCAGAUUCGACCAGCAUGACCUCGACUCCUGGUUCGACUCCUGGGCCUUCCGGAUACUUCAGUUCCGUCCAAAUUCCUACCUCUACGCCAUACAGUCCCACUCCAGCUGCGACGCCCACCAGAGGACGCUUCAGAGGUGCCGCCCCUGCUAACACGACCGUCAGGCCGGGAACCAGUCCCGCGCCAGGGACACCGAGACCUCUACCUGGAGCCACGGAAGCGGGGACUCCUAAAACUCCUGCUGCCACAGGAUCUCUACUGCAGGGUGGCAUCUCGGCGCGGCCUGCCACAGCUUCAACUUACUCUUCCUACUUCCCUACCGCAACGUCCAGCACACUUGCAUCGAGCUCGUUUCCUGCAGCGUAUGCAUCCUCAUUCACCCCCUCAUCUCCCUCGGUCUUCACGGCGCCGACUUCGACCUAUGCGUCAAAUGCGCUGUUGAGUCUUGGUGCAUCCAGUGCAGGAACAUCCCGGGCUGCGGUGGCCAGUGCCUUGGACGAAGACGGAGAUGGAGACGAUGAACUGCUCCCAGGAAUGGCCGACGAAGAUUAUUCUGCCCAGCAGUCCUUCCAGAGUCAAUCAAAGGAUAAUCUCAAAGUAUUGAUGGACAACUUUUCCGACCUGCAGUACGACCGGUAUGAGGCGUAUAGACGACACGCUCUCCCGAAACAGGCGGUACGGAAGGUCAUUCAGCAAACUUUGGGAAUGCAGGUCUCUCCACCAGUCGCCCAAAUAGUCGCGGGUUUUGCUAAAGUCUUCGUCGGUGAAAUGGUCGAGAAAGCUCGAGCUGUGCAGCGGCGACGAGGGGAAACUGGACCACUCUCUCCGGAUCAUCUUCGUGAAGCUUACCGAAUGUAUCAGCAGGAAACUGGCAGUGUUGGAUGCGCCCGUCCUCUUAGAGGGAAAAAGCUAUUUGUUCGAUGAUCAUAAACUUGCUUUUACAUUGCUUAGCUUGUCUCUGACAUGAUCAUCAACCGUCUAUGCACUCUACCAUCAAUGCAAUGGCAAGCGAUCAAGCCUUGUGGCUACGAAGCUUGAGCGCGAGCGCCCAUGACCGGAACCUCCUCCCUGCACGCGCUUCCGCCCGAUGUCGUUUUGCAGAUCCUUGUGUAUUUAGACGUUCUCAGCUUAGUCGCGUUAUCAUGCGUCGACACACGUCUCAAAGCGCUCUCGCAAGAGCAUAGUUUCUGGUUCCGACCACUCGCGGGGGCGCAUCGCAUCCGGCCUCUCGCGUGUCCCGCCGCAGAUGAUCUGUCCUUACGCACCGCUGCCGAGCUCAGGAGACUCGCGCUGCACUCGCUCAGACUCGAGCGCAACUGGUCGACUUCAUUCCCGUCCGUCGCGAAGCCAGUCAAGACGCUGGCCUUGACGAACCACGACGAGAUGAUGCUGAAUAUACCCGGGACGAACCUGAUCGUGCUGGAAGACUGGGAAGAGGCAACGCUCGUUUGCAUGGACGUGGAGACGGGCGAGCAGAGCGACGCCGUGCGGAUUGGUGCCAUCUAUGACAUGUCGUCACCCGUGGAGGAUAAGGCUAGUUGCGCUAUGUCCGCGCUGUCGGUGAUGUCUGGGAACCAAAUGCUCUCUGUACUGCGGGUUGCCAUGCCCGGCCAGUCCAAGCCGGUGAUUGAAGACAGCCUCAGGUUAAUCCUGGACCCGAGCUACCAAUAUAGUGCGACCUUUCUGACGGAAUCAGUCGUCGGGGUGGUUCGCCAAACGGAGGGCAGAUCACUGGAGAUACAGACAUUCAAUCUGGUGGACCCGACCAUCUCAACCGUUGUCGUGACGGAUUGUCCAGCUGUAGAGAUUAUGGGCUCAGUGGUGUUCGACAGGACGAUCUAUCUCGUUGUGCUAGUAGGCACGAAUGCAUUCGUCUAUGCCUGUCCCGAAAAGCUGCUUGCCAUCGGAUCACCCUCUGCAGACAUAGACUACACCAUCCGGCGCAGCCACGUCGCGCGCGUCGCUUUGUCCUUUCCGACCGAUAUCACGCGCGUCUGCUUCCCACGCUCCGUUCUGUCCUCAGAACCCCGCUCCGGCCGAAGUUUCAUCUCCGUAACAGAUGUACACGCCCGCCGAGGGGCGACGACGGAUCGUUCUCUCGAGGUCACGUUUUGGCGACGCCCUUGGUCCGAAAGCGACGACGAAAGCGCGCAGCACAGACUUGUGUUGCCUGUGAAGACCGUGGUCGUGGAGGGGAAGCUGACGGAGCACCCGGCCAGUCACGCCGAGCCGCUGAUCAUCGCCAAUUCGGGUCUCACAGUCCUCCUGCUCGUCGAGGUUCCUGAAGCGGACUCGCCCAAGAUGCUUCUGAUACGCUACGAUCCUGCCGAAAAGACGGCCUCCACGCACGAGCUGAGAUUCGACGCCAGCGAGUCCGGAUUGGAUUUGAAGGCAGUUCGCGGAAUCACUUUGGAUGAUCACAUCGGUGUGGUCAUGGCUGUCACAGAAGACAAACGCCUGCAUGUCAUUCCUUACGCAUAGUCUCCACAGGCAGUUGGUUUUAUGCUUUAUAAAGGGAGUGCAUCAAACGUCUGGACGUGUAAGGUUUUAUACAUUCCUUUCUCGGGCUGGAUAACGAGAGUCCCUCGAUGCGGCCCUGGCGUGAUAUCCGGCAGCGUGGCUUGCGCGUGAGAUUCGACUCGAGUAAAACGUGGUUAUAACAACAGUGGUUUUCUCUCGUCGCUCGCUACUCCAUGUCUCUGCAGCUCAAGCGCGGGUUUCUCAAAACGGGCCCAAAGGAAAAGGCUCAUGAGGAUACGGGAUCGCUCCAUUGCUUCUCUCCGUACUGCUCACUUUAUUCGAGCGUUCCGCGGAUCGUCAACACGGAUUGUCGAGUGGCCUCCCCCGACUCUUCGCACUUUCUCUUCCUGCCUCCAGAUGAUUCCGAGCUCGUUUUCAUCGAUACACUAGACAACCUCAAGACCGUUGCCAAGUGGAAGUUGUGGCAGAAUGCCGGACCUCGUACAUCGACCGAAGUGUUCGCUAUCCGGACUAGCGGAGACAAAGGCCUCGGAAUGUUUGCGACGCAGUCCAUUACGCGUGGUACGGUGAUCUGCGAGGAACGUCCCAGGUUGGUCACCCAUCCCGCCGUUUUGGUCUCAUCCGACCAGGCACGGGCAUUCUACCGCUCUGCCCUCGCUGGCCUCUGCUCGACGGCGCAGAACGAAAUUGCCACACUGCGCAACGCGCAUCUGGAGCUGGAACACGUCCGGGGUAUCGUAUGCACCAACGCGCUGGCCGCGAAAGUGCCCUACGCCGAAGUGCGCUAUCCAGCGCUCUAUCCUCGGCUGUGCCGGGCCAACCACGAUUGCACGCCCAACGCCCACUACUUUUUCUGUUCCGAAACGUUCACCGGCCGAUUUGUGGCGCUGCGCACCAUCUCUGCGGGGGAGGAAAUCACCAUCGGGUAUACCGAGCUGGCCGCCAGCCGGAAAGAGCGGCAAGCGAGGCUGCUGGAGAAGUACCGCUUCCAGUGCACUUGUGCCACGUGCUCUGCCGCUUCUGCACAAAGCGACGAUAAACGCAGUGCGAUUGCGCAGUACUUCGAAGGAAUGCGGGGUCGAUCGAAGCCUGAGGAGAUGGCCCGGUUGAAAGAAUUGAUCCAGUGGGCGGAGGACGAAGGAUUGGACGAGGCCGCCUCUGUCCUGAUGGUCUCGUCUCUGAAGCUCAUUCGACGAAACCACGAUCCCGUCGAGAAAGCCAAGAUCAUGGUCAAGGCGAUGGACUACAUCCGGGUCUUGGAGGGGAACGACUCGGCCGGUUUCAAAGUCUUUGCCUCGCGCAUGGAGAUGACCACGCAGGAUCUCUCCGCUAUGCUGGAUGGUGGUCUGGAUAAUUUCGACUACACGUUGUUCCCUGCAAUCGCUACCAUGGGAUAGACAUGUCAGCUUCCUCAGUGUCGUUUU